AUUCGAUAUUCUAUUUUUAUCUAUAAAACGCCAUCAUACUAUUCUAUUUUAACACAUCACCUCAACAGAAUCAUUUACUUCCCCAAAGAAAACACAGAAGCAAAGAGCAGCAAGAGCAAGAUGAAGAAAAUUGUUGAAGUCUCCGAUACAGAGGAGGCCGUGGCUAUUUCCAUGGCCAAAUACACUGCUCAUCUGUCCCAUAAGUUCGCUAAAGAACGAGGCUAUUUCACCGUCGUUUUAUCCGGUGGUUAUCUGAUCAACUCCCUCAGGAAGUUGGUGGAACCUCCUUAUAUUAAUUCCGUAGAUUGGGCAAAAUGGCAUGUUUUUUGGUUGGAUGAGAGGGUUGUGCCUUUGGAUCAUCCUGAUAGCAACUAUAAGUUGGCUUAUGAUGGUUUUCUCUCUAAGGUACCAAUUCCUUCAGAGAAUAUUUACCCCAUUGAUGGCACCCUUGCAGCAAAGGGUGCAGCUGAGGAAGCAGCUGACGAUUACGAAAAGCGUCUCAAAGAUUUGGUUAACAAGAAGGUGAUAGAUCUCUCAUCCAGUGGAUUUCCAAGGUUUGAUCUGCAGCUCUUAGGAAUGGGCCCAGACGGGCACGUAGCUUCUCUGUUUCCGGGGCAUCCUCUGCUACAAGAAAAACAGAGAUGGGUGACAUUCAUAAGAAACUCUCCGAAACUACCUCCGGUCAGAAUCACCUUCACCUUCCCUGUCAUCAACUCAUCUGCAUACGUUACGAUGACAGUCGUCGGUCCUGGUGAAGUUGAUGCAGUGGCUACGGCACUGGGAGAGAAUCAAACUUAUCCUCUGCUGCCUGUUCAAAUGGUUGCUCCUGAGGUGGAAUUGAAGUGGUUCUUGGACAAAGAAGCAACUUCAAAGCUGCCAUAGAAAUGCACAAUAUUAUGAGUUGCUCACCUAAUACUUAAUAAUAAGAGCAAUUUCAUGUUGUGGUAUUUCUUGUUUGUGGCUCAGUCCAUGUACUAGAUUAUGUAAUAAUAAACAAGUAGCAAGGCUUUCCUCCUUGUGUUUGAUUAUAAUUAAGAAGAUAUAAUUAAAUGAA